UGGUAAGCCGAAGGUGGAACAAUGUCUAGUCCGGUGGGCCAGCCCACAACUCCACGACAUCGACGCAUUGGAAAAAAUGGUGGACCCCGCAUUGCGUGGGUUGUAUCCCCCAAAGUCAGUUUCAAGGUUCGCAGAUAUUAUAGCCCUUUGUGUCCAAUCAGAGCCGGAGUUUCGGCCUCCAAUGUCGGAGGUGGUUCAAGCCUUGGUAACGCUGGUCCAACGGUCCAGUAUGAAUGUCAGAGAUGACCUUGGAACCUCUCGACGAAUGGAUGAUUACGACUACUAAUAAAAUUACUUUACGUUUUCUUUUUUCGACAACUACACACAUUCCAAUCAUUCACUUUCUCAUUCGCAUUCUAUAUUUCAUUCAUCAAUACAAACAACAUUCGUCAUUAGAAUUAUAUUAGUCAUUGUAUCGUCUUUUCAUUUCCCCUUCCUAGUCGAGAGUUCUCAACUUUUUUCGUAUC